UACUCCUACUAGAUUUCUUCCUUCCAUUUAUAUUCGUUCCCUUGUUCAUCCUCCUCCCCUAAUCAACAUUCUUCUUCCAAAUCAAAACCAAAAUGACAAACAAUAACAACAUUGUCGUGUUUCCUUUCAUGGCACAAGGCCAUAUCAUCCCAUUCUUAUCUUUAUCUCUUCAACUUGAACAAAAAGGCUACCAAAUCACCUUUAUAAACACCCCUCUCAACAUUGCCAAUCUCCGCCGCUCUCUUCCGCCUUCCUCCACCAUCCGCCUUCUUGAUAUCCCAUUCGACCCUGUGGACCACAACCUCCCUCCUCAUUGUGAAAACACAGAUUCUCUCCCUCCCAGUCGAAUAUUCGACCUCCUUGUGGCCUCUGCAUCUCUCAGACCCGCCUUUAGAAACAUUCUGAAAAACCUUGUAGACAAUGAAUGUCCACCAUUUUGUGUAGUAGCUGACUUUUUCUUUGCGUGGUCAGCUGAUGUCUCCCAUGAGUUUGGAAUCUUCCAUGUCACUUUUAGUGGGGCAGGUGGGUUUGGGCUAGCUUGUUACUACUCUGCUUGGAUCAAUUUACCACAUAAAAACUCUGUUUCUGGUGAGUUCACUUUGCCCGAUUUUCAAGAGGCUGGUAAACUUCAAGUGUCCCAAUUAACUCCAAGCCUAGUAGCAGCCACAGGAAAUGACCCGUGGUCAGAAUUUCAAAAAAUUAACCUCCCAUUAUGGGGAAAUGCUGAUGGGUUCUUGUUUAACACGAUAGAAAAUCUUGAUAAAGUUGGAUUAUCUUAUUUUAGAAGAAAAUUCGGGCGCCCUGUUUGGGCCAUUGGCCCGAUUGACUCACCUCUAACAGAUACAUCCCCAACCCGAAAUACAGGAUGGGAAACAGAAAAGUUGUUACACUUUCUUGAUUCGAAACCAACCUCCUCUGUUUUAUAUAUAUCAUUUGGGUCACAACACACAAUCACUCCUUCACAAAUGAUGCAAUUAGCAAUUGCAUUAGAUAAAAGCAAUAAAAGUUUCAUAUGGGUAGUCCGUCCUCCUCUGGGAUUUGACAUGAACACCGAGUUCAAAGCAGAGGAAUGGCUGCCCGAAAACUUCAAGAAAAAAGCAGAGGAAGAAAACAGGGGCCUUGUAGUAGAGAAAUGGGCACCCCAAUUGGAGAUAUUGUCCCAUAAAUCUGUAGGAGGGUUUAUGACUCAUUGUGGGUGGAAUUCGGUAUUGGAAGCACUUAGUCGUGGAGUGCCACUGCUCGGGUGGCCAAUGGCGGCCGAGCAGUUUUACAAUGCGAAAAUGAUGGUGGAGAUUGCAGGGGUGUGUGUUGAAGUGGCAAGAGGGGUUAGUUUUGAAGUCAUGAGUGAGGAUUUAAGAGUGAAGAUUGAAGAAGUAAUGAGUGAAGAUGGAAAAGGAAAGGAAAUGAGAAAAAAAGCAUUUGACAUCAAGACAAUGAUUGAGGAAGCAACAAGAGAUGAAGAUGGUUUCAAAGGUUCUUCUGUGAAAGCUAUGCAAGAUUUCCUUCAAGCUCCAUUGUUGAUUAAAAAACAACAAAAAUAAUAAAUAACAUUCAUCAUCAAUCAAUAAUCUUUAUCUGGUUAGUGAUGCGGGAUUUAAGUAUUUAUUACAAUAAAAUAUUUUAAUAAUAUAGCAAAAUAGAUUUGUUCAGUUUUUUUAUAGUAUAUAAACACCCUGUUUUUGUUCAAGAAUUAUGGCAACAUUAUCUAUAUUUUGUUGGGAUAUAUGUUUCAGCUAAAGUACUAAUGUAUGUAUCGUUAUAAAAGGGUUAUUAUCAUUUUUGUGUGUAGAUUUUAAAAAAUAUUACUGUAUUAAUGUUCUAAUCUAUCA